AUGUCGACCGGGGGGUUUGCGAAGAGGGAGGGGGGGAGUCGUGACGAAUCUGUACGAGGGCGAAUUGAAGGGAAUUGCGAGGGGGAGGAAGAAAGAGUCGACCAGGGGGAGUGGUUGGUUUUCGGUACUGCUAGUGUUUGGGUACGGGGAGGUACUUUACCACGGGGUUGGGAUUCGGUCGACGAGACCCCCGUACGGGCGUCUCCCGAGUGUAUCGCCCGUACCGUCUACGCCGUCCCUUACACGGAGGAUCGGUAUGGUACCGUCACGCUCGAUCAACCAGCUGCGGUCUCUGAAAGGCGAGAUCUCGUCCCCGAUCGAGCACUGGCUAUGAGAGGAUCAAGGUCUAUCGGCGGGAUUCGUGAUUGGAAGAGGUCACCAGAGCUUGGGCAAAGAAAGGGCAAGCAAAGCGAUUCAUCAUAUGUACGGACCGACCUCCCAGUGACCUCCCAGUGA